AUUUAAUAUUUUUUUUUCUUUUUCUCCAUCAUUCAUAAAAAAUAAUUACUAUUUUAAUAUUUAGUAAUUUAUAAAUAAAUAUAGUAUAAUAAUAUUAAUAAUAGUUUACACUCUUAUACUUUACCCAUAAUACACACUUUAUUACUUUUUUUAUUUUUUAUUUUAAAAAAUAUAUAAUCAUUUUUAAAAAUUUUAUAUUCAUAAAAAAAAAAAAAAAAAAUAAUACCAAAAAAAGUUAUUAAUAUUAUAAAAUUAUAAAAUUAGAAAAAUGGAAGAAUAUACACCCUCUCACCAUAUUUUAAAUGGAAAUGGUUUAAUAUUUCAAUUACCAAAUAAUAGUAGCGGUAAUAGUGGAAAAAAAAAUAAAUUGUUAACAUCAUCAGGUUCUUCAUCAUUAUCUACAUCCUCAAAUAGUAUUCAAAAUGUUACCUCAUUAAUAUCACCUGAAUCAUCACCAAUUUUAUCAUCUAAACCACAGCCAACCACUACAAACACAACCACAAAUACAAACUCAAAAUCUAAAAAUAAAAAAGAAUUGCCUUUAAUAAUGGAUGAAGAAAGUGGAGCAAACAAUAUAUCACUAUUGGGAAAUAGUAGUAGUGCACCUGGGUCAUUAGGAGGAGCAUUUUCAUCUACAUUUGACCAAUUAAACAAUCAUAUUACACAACUAUCACAAAAUAAAGUUUUUUCUGAUUUAAAGCAAUUUAUUUCAAAUAUUAAUGGUGUGGCUUCUUUUACUAGUAGCACAAACGGUACUAAUAGUAAUGGGACAAAUAGUAAUAAAUCAUCUCCAUCAUCUCCUCCCUCAAAUAACUCUACUCCUCCAAGUACUUCAAAAAUUUCUAACAAUGAAAAUUCAUCAUCCUCAUCAUCUUCACUAUCUUUAAGUAGUGGUACAGUAGUUGUAAAUUCUAAAAAAAGAGAUUAUAAUAGCGAUAAUGAAAUGGCCGAUGAUUCUUCUUCAUAUUUGAAUAGUAAUAUAUCGAGCAACAAUAAUAGUCAUACCCAUAGUUACUCAAGAGGCUCAUCAUCAAAUAAUCUCCACAGUUUAGCUCAACCAUAUAAUAAUAAUAAUAAUAGUAACGAGUUAGAGGAUCAACCAGUGUUAAAGAAAAAAAGAAGUUUAGAUUUAGACUCAUUUAAAAACAAUAUUGGAAAUAAUAACAGCAACAAUUAUUCCUCAUAUCCAAAUAGUCCAAUAAUAGAUAAUAAUGAUUUACAAGGUAUGGUUCAAUCACAAAGAAAAAUAAUACAAGAGUUAACGGAUUAUAUUAAAAGUUUAGAACAAAAAUAUGAUUAUUUAAAGACUGAACAUAAUAGUUUUAAAAGAAAAAUGUCAGCAUCAAUAAAUGAUUUGUUAUCAAUUUACGAAAAAGCAAUAGUAACAUAAAUGGUUAAAUACUACUUUUUUUAGAUGACGGUAACAAUAAUAAUUAUUACAACCAAUUUAAAUAACGAUAACUCAAAUCGAUUAAAAAUACCAUC